AUGAUCGAUGAAGAGAAGACCCAGGAGGUUGUUCAUGGCCUCAAAACCACCCCUGAUGGGCUCAUACUCGACCCGCAGCCAUCGGACGACCCUAAAGAUCCAUUGAACUGGAAGUCUUCGAGAAAGGCACGUAUACUUUCAAUAUGGGCAAUCGCUUGCUUCUCAAGCCAAGCUACUUGUAUGACGAACAUGCAGGGAUCAUAUCUUCAGGCGCCUCUGUAUCACAAGACGGCUACUCAGAUUUCUCUCUCCGUCUCAUGCGGGCUUAUUGGCAUUAUGGUCGGCUCCAUCCUAGUCGUCCCCCUUAGCCGCCGGUACGGCUCCUGCUUCUGUCUUUUCUGGUCGACAAUCGGCAUCCUUUUCGCGGCGGUAUGGUCUGCCAUGAUGACUAGUUCAUCGGACUACAUUCCAUUCCUGAUAUCUCGCCUCUUUGCCGGUCUGUGCGCAGGGGUACCUUUGAUCCUUGGCUCCGAGUUCGUCAUGCGGGCGUUCUUCCGGCAUCAGCGAGGUAAAUGUCUGCAUAUACUUCAUAUUCCCUUCCUCAUGGGGGUUUCAAUUGGUCCAACAUUAGGUGCAUAUAUCGAUGCGAGAGCUUCAUGGACUGUUUCCUUCUGGUAUACUGUACCAUUGAAUGGGGUGUUGGCUCUGGUAAUCCUUAUCUUUCUCGAAGAGGCAAUAUAUGCAGAGGGAGAACAGAAGCGGCAAUCUUUUUUGCAAAGAAAAUGGAACAUGUAUGUCCGUGGAAGAGCGAUUCCACCACAGCUUAGAGCAAGCUGGAAGAACAUGACUUUGGCUUUGCGACAAUGGCUAUUGUGCUCGGUGUCAACUUCCUUGAAGCCCCUCGAGACGAUGGUGGAUACGCAAUGUCAAAGAUUUCGAUGGCCUCAUGUAUUGCCCCAAUAUUCCCUCUUAUUCACUUUGGCCGUUAACCUGAACACGACAGUCACGCUCACCCAAGCAAUCGGCACCGCACUGGCGGAACUAUACGGCCAUUUCAUCAGCGAUAGACUUCCUUUAUACCUCUCCCACCGGAAGUCCAAGACGCAGGAUAUUGAACCUACAGAAUGGCGCCCAGAGUAUCGACUUCACUGUCUCUGGAUCCCGGUGAUAAUGCUUCCGGUUGGCCUCGGUCUAUUCGGAGCUAGUCUGGAGUACCAUUACCACUGGGUGCUUUUGGCACUCGGGUUCCUCCUCCUCACUUUCGGUGCCAUUUCUCUUCUACCGGUUGCAAUGACGUAUCUCUGUGACUGUUUCCCGAACUAUGUUUCAGAGGUGUCAGCAGGGAUGGGGGUUUGGAGGCUUAUCUUGGGAUUGCUCUCGACCGUUUUCAUCACCCCGUGGAACGACAGAGUUGGUCCGGGAUGGUUGUUCGGUUCUGCUGGGCUGAUUACGCUCCCGGCGUUUGGCGGGGUGAUGUUCCUCAUGGUUUUUGGGAGACAAGUGAGACAAAUGGGGUUUCGUAGGUUGCGAAGUUGA